UUUCAUUUCAUAAAUUCUGUCAUAUACUGUAAAAUGAUACAAUCAGACAUAAGUAGCAUUUUUACUAUAGUAUUGUAAUGAACAUUCAGAAAAUUUUUAAACAGUAACCAGUUAAAGACGUAAUUUUGCUAUUGUUUUGUCAAAUACCAUCAAGUUGGAUUGCUACUGUGCAUCCUUGAAUUUACCAGGGAAUUACCUGUUUCAGCCUCACAGUGUCGCUGUUGCCUAAUCAAUCAGGGAAAAUGAGGCUUGAUUUCAUUUAAAGCAGGCGGAGAACAAAGACAAGCACAGAUAUUGGUGUUUUGUCGAAAUCGUUUUCAUGACAGGAUUUUCAGCUGAAAGAUAAGUCAUAUUUGAUAUUCUAAAGGUGCAUUUAAAUGUUUUUUCUGGAGAUGCUGAGGUUAGUGGUUUUUUUAAUGCUGUAUAAUAUAGAAAAAUUUUUUUGUUUGAAAAUCCGGUAUUCUGUUCCAGAGGAAAUGGAGGAAGGGACGGUAAUUGGAAAUAUAGCUACCGAUAUCGGUCUAGAUACUGUCAAUCUUUCUAAACGGGGGUUAGGGAUUGCUUUGGGGAGUGGGAAAAAUUAUCUGGAAGUUGAUAAAAUUAACGGGUAUUUUUUUAUUAAGAAAAAAAUCGACCGAGAAAAUAUUUGCGCAUUUAAAGAUGAAUGUAUUCUUUCUCUGGAGGCUUUACUUCAAAACCCACUGCAGAUGUUUAGCAUUGAGGUAGAAAUUCUGGACGUGAAUGACAAUGCCCCGAGAUUUCCUUUCAGUGUGAGUUUUAUAAACAUUUCAGAAUCCAAGUUAAAAGAUGAAAGUUUUUUGUUGGAGAAAGCCGUGGACCCUGAUAUGGGUAAUAACUCAGUAUGUAAUUAUAAACUGAGUAAAAAUUUGUUUUUCGAUAUCAACGUGCAGUCUUGGAAAGAUGGCUCUGUGUCGGCAGAUUUAUUAAUUAUGCAGACAUUGGACAGAGAAAAACAAGUGGUGCACAAUUUAAUUCUAAUAGCUUUGGAUUGUGGAAAACCUGCAUUGUCUGGUUCGAUUAAUAUUACGAUUACUAUACUUGAUGAAAACGACAAUGCUCCAAAAUUUGAAAGACUGAUUUACCAAGUAGAAGUUUCAGAAAAUACCUUAAUAGGGACCACUUUUAUUAAACUUAAUGCGACGGAUUAUGAUGAAGGCGCCAACGCUGAGUUAUUAUAUUCUUUUAAUCCUCACACCUCUGUAGAGGCACAACUGAAAUUCCGUUUGAAUUCGAAAACUGGUGAGCUCAGUGUUAAUAAAAAACUGGACUUCGAAGAGUCCCGUCAAUAUGAAUUAUUUGUGCAAGCAAAAGAUAACGGGCCAAAUCCUUUGAGUGGCCGCUGCAAAGUAAUUAUAAAAAUUAUUGACUGUAACGACAACCAUCCAGAAAUUAUUCUUGCCUCAUCGCAGAGUUCAGUAUAUGAAGAUGUACCCAUAGGCACAGUCAUCGCACUCUUUAGUGUCACAGAUCUAGACUCUGGAAACAAUGGCAGGGUAAACUGUUUAAUAUCAGACAAUAAUGAGUUUGAACUUCAGCAAACUAUGGAUAAUGUUUAUGCUUUGGUGACCGCGGAGUCUCUGGAUCGUGAAAGACAAUCUAGUUUUAAUAUCAAUAUCGUCGCGAAGGAUGAAGGAACGCCUCCUCUUUCGAACAAUAAAACAAUUUCUUUGAAUCUUUUGGAUGUAAAUGACAACGCGCCAUCAUUUUCUCAUUCCUCAUAUGAAAUUCCCAUUCCAGAAAACAACAUCCCUGGCACUUUGCUGUGUUCCAUUACUGCAAAGGACCCUGAUGCAGAUCUGAAUGGCGCUCUAAAAUAUUCCAUACAAGAAAAAAACGACACCAACAACACAUUCACGAAAUAUUUUUCCAUCAAUCGGGACAACGGAAACAUUUACUCAUUGCAGUCUUUCGACUAUGAAAAACGGACAUUUUUUACAUUCAGUGUUGUAGCUGAAGAUUCUGGCAGUCCUCAGCUAAGCAACAGCGUGACGGUGAAGAUAACUGUUCUUGAUGAAAACGAUAACACACCGGUUAUUGUUUCACCAUGGCGCCCUCAUGGAUCAAUAGUUAGCGAUACGGUUCCUAGUUCGGCUGAAGAAGGAUACUUAGUGACCAAAGUUAUAGCAAUUGAUGACGACUCAGUUCAAAAUUCACGAAUUACUUACCAAUUGCUUCAAGUUACUGACCAGACAUUAUUUACAUUAAACCAGUACAGUGGGGAACUUCGAACCAGAAGACGCUUUGGUCUUCGAGACUCUUCCAAACAAAGACUUGUGAUUCAAGCCAAGGAUAAUGGCAAUCCGUCACUUUCAUCGACAGUUACAAUCCUUAUAUCAAGAUCUGAUCCAGAAGCUGAAGGUCUUAUAUCACUGAAUGAUGAACAAGAGACGGACUAUUUAUCUUGGUUGAACUUGUAUUUGAUGAUCGGCCUAUCGUCUGUUUCGUUUUUCUUUCUUUUAACUGUGGUGAUCUGUGCUACAGUUAAAUGUCGGCAAAAAACAUCUGAAGAAAGUGAAAUAUCGGCACAUCGGAUUAGCUGCUACAGCCAAAGGGAUUCAAUGAUUUCCGACCUGCCGGCACACUCGACUUUAUAUUCGAGCGACGCUUACUGGCACAGCGUGCUUUUAGCGGAAUCAAGAAAAGGAAAAAUGCUGGUGAGGCAGUCAAUGCCCAAUGGAACUGGCUUCAUUGUGUCAAGUUUGGAGAGGAAUUCGGAGCAGGGAACGAUAAGCGAAUUAGCCGAAACACCGAUUCAGGAGACGAACAGAGGAUUCCCCUGAUGUCAGCUUUGCAGAUGAAACGUCAUUGGGAUAAUUGGAUUGAACCAGCCACGAAAAAGCAUCAUUUGAGGAAAAAACUGAACUGAAGAUAUCUAAAGUUUGUUGUCUUGCACAGAACUUUUCACAUGUCCUACAUCAAAUACUUUUGCAGUUCCCAUCAAGUAGAAGCUGUCACCUGAAGUAUUCUAACAUAGUGUGAGACACAGUUAACAGACAUGCUCCAAGUCCUGGUCAAGUCUUUUGAUAUCUUGUUAUCAUUUUAGAAUCUAAACUUUAUACUUUGUUAUUUUUUGUUUAUAUUUUGUUUAUGUUGUUUAUGUUGAUUGUCUUUUAAUAGUUAUUAAGGAAUAUUGAGUAUGGUGUGCUGUGAUCCCCUUCUGUUAUUCUUCUGGUCUUCCAUAUUUUACCCACUUCUUAUGCAACAUUUUUAGAUUUUUGUAACCAAUGCAAUGAUGAAUUUCCUUAUUACCAAGCCACUGUAGGUCAAUUUAUAUUACAUAUAGACCAGCUGUAUAAUAGAAGCUUCUAUUUGUUGUAUUGUAAAAAUGCGAUAGUGUUAAUUUCAUACCAAAGCAGAGAGGAAAUGGUGUUAGUAUUGUAGCAGUUUCAUAUUUAGAAAUAUGUAUUAUCAACGCAUUACUUGUUGAGCUGAAAUUUCACAUGUUAAAAGACAUUAAGUAAACUGUACACAAUACCAUAUGCUUUCGCUUGAAAUGUGAAUAUUACAUAUUAAUUUUGAGAACAGAGCAGUGUUGCAAAAGUUAAACUAAUUGGUCAUUAUUUUAAAGUUUUUCUUAAAGAAAUCAUCAGCUUAAUUACAUUUUUAUACUACGGUUACCAACAUAUAAAGUUAAUUUUCUAAUCUUAAAAAUAUCAAGAUUUUUUGUUUUUUCUCAGAUUAUAAAAAAAUGUAUUCUAAUGUGUUUGUUUUCAAUAGUAACUACAUUGUUAUGCAUUACCAGAAACACAAAAAACAUUUUCCAGCAGGUAUCCUAUUGAAACUAUUAUUUUCAGUAGGGUGAGUAUCUGUGAUUUGAGAAAUGUUAACAAUUUCUGUACUUAAUAAAAUAAAGAGCCUCGACUGAUGAAUUAUAACCAUGUGAAUUAUAACAGUUUUUUGAAUAGUCAAGUAGGCAUAAAUGUCUUUUUAUAAAUGGGUAUUGUUAAUAUUUAAUAUGCCAUCAUAGUAAAUGAUGGCAGCAUAUUUCUGUGUGAGGUUAAACGACUAUAACAGAGCACUUGUAAAAUUAGAUUUAAAUAAUUUACUUACAUUGUUAUUAUUUAUUUUUCCAGAAAUGCUUAAUAACUCUUGAUGAGUUUAAAAAUUGUUGUAAUUUUUUAGAUCACUAAUACUAAACCUGCAAAAACGACAAUAUCCUCAACUGCAGUUUUUUUUCCCAUUUAUAAUAGACUGAUAUGCACUUAUACUGUUCAUUUCUUUAUUCACAGCAGUCAGAACAAAUUGAAAAUUUCUGUGACAUUAUUCUUUAUAUAAUUAAUCAUUUAUUAUUUAUCUAGAUUUUUAUGUAUGUUUAAUUGUAAUAAUAAUCAUUCAUAUUUAGAUUUCACUAUGAUCAUAACUAUUGUGUAUUUCUUCUUAUUAAGGGAUAUUAACUAUACAUUACCCAAUACGCUCUUAUUUGACUCCAUAGGUAAACACUGUAUAUAAUGUAUUGCUUUAAAUGGGCUUUAACCAGAUUACUUGAUUACUCCGAUCAGACUGUUCAGAAAGAGCCGUGGGUUGGCCUAAAUUCCUGUUUUUUGAAGGAGUACUUAGAUGAUGGAUAUGCAGGGACCCUACAUAUACUGCAUGUGUACCCAGUCAAAUCGCUACAUUUUUAAUGAUGUAAUUUUGGUCUCCGUACAAUCUUUUAAAUCAUUUCCUAGACAUUGCUGUUUAGCAUAAAUGCAUGCCAAUUUUAUCUCCAAAACAUUAUUGCAAUUCUGCUUACAAAUUAUGUAAAGGGCGUAGUGUGUAUCCUUUGUCUGAAAUUCUGUUUAUGAAGUUUUUGAUAUUAGGUGGAAUCCAUUCUUCCCUGUACUUGUACAAUAUUUUCGUUGCUGGUAGUGGCCACGCAAUACCAGCUUAAUAAAGAUCCACCCUGCACUUAACAGUUGGCCAGGUGUUCUUUUCUUCAAAUGCUACUCUUUGUUUUUCUUCGAACAAACCUUUUAUUGUUGUAGACAAAGAUUUCAGUUUUUGUUUAAUCUGUCCACAGCACUUAGUACCAAAAUGCAUACUUAAGACCUCAGAUAAAGUUCCUUUAUAAACGUUAUGUCAGUGUACAGUUAUGCCAAGUACAGCAGUGCUCCACCCCUCCAUUCUCAGCUAAAGCUGUCUGCAGGUCCUUUGGGUGUUGCUUCGCCUUUCCUGCACAGUAUACAGUCUUUUUUUUCUGGGUCUUCCAGAUCUUCUCUUGACUUCCAUGAUUCUCAUUAACUGCCUGUUCUGAAAGACAUUUCCUACUGUUUAAAUUGCUAUCUGGUAGUUUUUUUGGUAUCUUUUCAAAUCCUUCCACUGUUUUGUAUGCGUCAUUUAGUUUAAUUUUCAGAGCCACGGUCACAUGCUUAGAAGUUGUUAAGUAUUAUGUAGUGUUUGAAGAUUUAAAAUAUUUCUUAGGUCCUGGAAUUGCUAUGAGCUGAUAAUUCUUAAUACCAUUUUUUUAAAUAUCUAACUUGCUAAACCAGACCCUGCUAACAUCUUAACUAACUCUGAGAUCUUACAACCGAAAGGUGCCCAAACAUUUGCAUUUUUUUUUUGCAUUAUUUUAAUUCAUCAAACAAGUCUUAACUGUAUAUGAAUAUUUUCAUAAAAAUGCCAAUAUUUUAGUUUGUUUGCUGUCAAUGUUUUACUGCAAAUGUCCACAAAACAUGUAAUUUAGCCAUGGGUGUCCAGAUGUUUGCAUGGAGCUACACUUAUUACCUACACCACCAGUUCACACCCCCAUUCCCUCUACAAUGUACAGUUUAGUGAACGUUUGAUCACAUUUAAUUUUUAAAUUUCAUUUACAUGUAUUUGCUUAAGAGACACCUUUAUCAUAAAGCAACUUAGAGAAGAGGUCAAUCUAAUUGAGUAAACCUUAAUUUGGGGGACUGUUUAGUGGUACAGGACAAUGGUACAAAGUCAUCAUUACAAGUGAAGAGCUCAGAACAAAAUACAAGUGAGUUUCUAUUCCUAGGUUACAAAAACCUGAUGGCUAAUGACAAUUACACAGAAAUUCACCAAACUAGAGAGUCUUCAAAUACUUCCUUCUCCAGCACUUUCUAAAAAUCAUUCAGAUCAACAAUAUUACUUAUCAUUGACUUUCAAGCAGGACUAACACUGUUGUAUUUUCCAUUAUACAUUAUAUAUAAUUUUUCUGUAGUGGCAUGGCUUGCAAACCUUCUAAGCAUCAGACAAUACCUUCUGUGUGCUGAGUUUUAAUUACUGAAAAGGAGUAUUAACUGGCAUGCAAGUUCAGGUUUAUUUGCAACCUCUGGGGACAGAACAAUAAGGUUUAGGCAUAUUGAAAUCUUCUUUCAGAGAUGCCAGAUUUUAAACUACUCAGUGCAUUAGUCUUAUGGAGGUAAAUGAAGGCAGCAGUAUGUGUGUUUGAUACGAGUAAACUACUGACAAUUAACUGUAUGGUUUGUUAUUAGUUAAAUGAUUUAUUCAGGUCCAUGCAAGUCUUUGAGGCUAUUUACUUCAACAGUAACCAACUCUUUGUCAUUUACUGAAUAAGGUGCUUUCAUUUUGUCAGUUUUUUCAGAUAUAUUCUUGUGCAAAUUGAAUGUUGUUUGCUUAUUAUGGACUUUUAAAGGUUAUACCUAGUAUCUUUAAACAUGUUCUGUUUACCUGAACUGGGGUCCAGUUGAGUCCCUACACCUUUUAAUAAUAUUAUACUUCAAAUUAGUUAUUCAUUUUCUUAUUUUAACAUGUCUAAUCUUAAUACUAUAACCAAACUUGUGAUGUUACAAUUGUAAGAUAUUGCUACUUUGUAAAGCACUGUUUAAGUCACUGUUAAAAUAAGGACUGCUUGAUUAAUUAACCACCUUUUUCAACCACAGAAGUACCUGACAAGGUGAGAUGUGCUUAUCUGAAGAAGACAAUUAAAAAUCAUGUUUAAAUGUAAAGCAGAGUCCUGUCAAUUCACUUCAACAUGAGCCUGAUGACUGAGGUUUUUUCUAUGAAGGUUAAAAAAGGCUACAUUCCAAAGACACAGGGGACUAAUGCUGCUUAAAUGAUGGUUGCAAAAAAAAGACAACUUAAAUGCAUUAAACUGUUCAGUAUUCUUUGAAUAAUACACAUGAAAUGUGAAACCAUUCUCUAAAUCAGAUGAUUUUUAGCAUGUAGUUGUCAAUAUUAAUGUAAAAUGAUUUUGCAGUUCAUAUGAUUAUGCCUAUGACUGUCUGUUUUUAAUACAAUACUUGUAUUUAUAAGUAUUAAGAAAUUCUCAACUAAAACAGUGUUGGUUCACUCUCUGCCUUGUAGCUUUCUGCCAUUACCUUCAAUCAUGUACUGUGAUCUAUUAUAUUUUUUGGUCAUUGAAAGGAUGUUACUAUGCAUGACAAAAUUUUGCUGUAAAAAAAUCACAUUUUUAACCAUAUUUUAAAGAAAACCUUUGUUAUUCCAACUGAAGUUAACAAUGUCAAAAUGAUUCAACUGCUCUAUGCCUUAUGUUAUUUAUGUGAUAAUAAAUCUUAAACUCCAA